ACCUCAUGAUCCCGGACCCCACCUUGAAACACUCCGAGUAUUCCAAGUCCUUGUCGCGACACCUGUUUUCAACAGCAUGGUCGGGCCGUUGUCUGGUACUUCUGUUGAGCUACUUACUGCUUCUAUAUAAGUCUGCACGCGGAUACAUGACACCACAACUCUGAACCAGCUUGAGUUAAAAGCACCAAUUAACCCCGUCCAGAUUCAACACCGCCUCUCCGCACAGCCCCGCCUAUUGCCUUGAUAUUUUGCCUACAAGAUCCCUCCAACAACUCGACCGUUCCAGUGCGUACAUAGACUUGUACAGAUGGGUUCCUUUUUCGAGUCAAACGAUUAUCUCAUGGAUUCAUUCGAAAGACCAUACCCGAUCUCUCAAGAUG